UUUCAGUGCAGCUGCCUGGGGAAGGCUGCGGGACAGGAGUUGACGAGCAAGGAGCUUAAACACGACGACUUUUACUGUGUAAACCCUCCGUAAAUGGGUUUAUCACAACAUCAACCCUUACUUUCAUCGCUCCCGUUCAGCUCGACCUAUUGUUGUGGAUGGAUUAUAUAAUUUACCGUUUCACGGAGAAGCCUUACUACGCCCAGUCAGCAGCGGCAGCCAUAGCUCCGUCAUUGACGCUGGAGGUUAGUCGGCUCGUCAUCCGCAGACUUCCAUUUCACCCGCAGCAGCGAGCUAACAGGCUAGCAGAGGCUACCUAGCUAAUGGAGAAUUCACUAGCACGAUGCUAAUGUUAAUUUUAAAGUACUGGAAGAGGUUUCUAUGGAACUAAUAUUUCGAUAUUUAAAGAUAUUGGACAUUUUCUGGUGACACAGCAGUAGCUAACAAUAUUGUAAUCGGCCCCUGCAAUGGCAGUCUUUAGUCACCAGGUGCUCCUUGCAGUCACAAGAUCAAGGGGAUCAUAUUUGUUAUCCAAGAGGAACACCUGCUCCUCUCUGUCUUCCAAAGCCUAUCUCCACAUAGACCCUCCCCGUCAGGUCUCCUCCGCACUCACCCUCAGGCAAUCCCGAUACGGCUCCCCACACUGCUACCGUGGCCAAAACUCCACCCUACUCGCCCGCUCUCUACACAGCUCCAGUGUUUGGCUGCAGGACAUAAAGCAGGAGGACACUAAAACUUCCCCAGCCACUGCUCAGGAUGCUUCUAAAAAGGACUCCGCUGCACCCCAGGCCCAACCUCCACCUGCUCCCGCUCCGACUCCCACCACCGCCACCACUGCAUCUGCUGUCCCCCCGGUGCAGGAGAGGGCAGUCGUGAAAAAGGCUCUGUAUCAGAGGAUUGUUGAGGAGUUAAAGCAUUACUACAAUGGCUUCCGGUUACUCGGCAUCGAUAUCAAAAUUGCGGGCAGGAUGGUGUGGAGGCUGCUGCAUGGACAACUGCUCACACGCAGGGAGAGGAGAAGGCUAUUGAGGACCUGCGCUGACCUUUUCCGCCUGGUGCCCUUCACGGUGUUCAUCAUCGUUCCUUUCAUGGAGUUCCUUCUUCCUGUUUUCCUCAAACUUUUCCCGGAGAUGUUGCCCUCCACCUUCGAGACAGAGUCUAAAAAGGAGGAGAAACAGAAGAAAGGUCUGGCUGCGAAGCUGGAGCUGGCCAAGUUCCUGCAAGAGACCAUCGCUGAGAUGGCUCGAAGGAAUAAAGCUAAAGCUCAGACAGAGGAUGAGACACAGCGCUUCUCCACAUAUGUUCAGAAGGUCCGGGGCACAGGAGAGCAGCCCACCACGAAGGACAUUGUCCGGUUUGCGAAGCUGUUUGAGGACGAGCUGACGCUGGAGCACCUGGAGCGCCCUCAGCUGGUGGCUCUGUGUAAACUGUUGGAGCUUCAGCCCAUCGGCACAAACAACUUGCUGCGUUUCCAGCUGAUGAUGCAGCUCAGAACCAUCAAGUCAGACGACGAGAUGAUUUCAGCAGAGGGUGUGGCAGCGUUGAGUGUGUCAGAACUGCAGGCAGCGUGUCGUAGUCGAGGGAUGAGGUCUCUGGGUCUCACAACCGAACAGCUAAAUCAGCAGAUGCAGCAGUGGCUGGACCUGCACCUGAAGGAGAACGUUCCUCCAUCGCUGCUGCUGCUCUCCAGAGCCAUGUACCUGACCGACCUCAAACCAAAACCUCCAGUCAUCCCGCCUGUUGCCAAACUAGAGAAAGCUCCUCCUCCUCCCACAGUGGAGAAUGCAGGAGCAAACGUGACCUCAGUUAGCACCGACAUGUUGGCGGACCCUGCUCUCAUCAUCAAAGAAAGACCGGUGGAGGAGUUGAGAGACAAGGCUCCCGUGGUGUCGGACAAACCCCUGACCCCCGCUGAAGUGCUUCAGGCUAAAGCAGCAACAGAGGUGUCCCAGAAGAGCAAGAUGAGUGCCAACGGUGUAUAAAGCGGAGCUGGAGCCUCUGGACUGAGCUCUAAGGGAUGUAGUGGUCAGAUAAGGGGCAUUUUUUGGUCUACAUUUCGGCGGACCUCAAAUACUUUAAACUCCUCCUUUUUAAAUAUCUGGUUCUGUCUUCAGUCCAGAGGGACGGGGAACCACUGGCUGCAUUCAGCAUUGUCUUUGGCAUGUUGAUCCUGGGAGUCCUGUUCCCUCUUUCUCCUGCUCUGUUUACACCCAGGGAAAGGUCUGCUGCCUCAUCUGCUUCAUCUCAGCAGCUGCUUCUUUAUCCCCUGAAACCCUCUGAUUUGUGCACUCCGUUCUCUGUCACUCUCCAUUAGAGCUGGACAAACCAGCCUGAUGUUACAGGGACUGGCAGAACAUUAAUGGUGUGAAUACUUUGACCUUAUGUCCUGGAAGUGACGCCCAAACCGCCCACGGCAGAGCCGGGUUAACCGUCUGUUUGAUGGUGUCUCCUUACAGUCCAGGCACCCUCCUUCUCCUGUAAAUUUGUAAAUAUUCUGUAUAUUUGUGUCCCUGUCUUAUAAAGCAGCAGCAGCAGCUUGUAUAUUUUGCUAUGCAAAGUCUACAGUCCCUUGAAAAAUUUCAAGUGUUUCAUUUAUUUUUAUUUGGAUUCCUUUUUCGCUCCUCUUCAGGAUAUAAGAGAAGUAAUUUAUUUAAGAAAUACGUUGCUGAACUUUUUUGUUUGGUAUUUGUACCAUCUCCAGGCAGCUGGAUCACUCUGAUGUGCUGAAGCAAAUGACACAUCUGAACCUGCUUUAUGAAAUAAAAAGCACAAAGGUUCAAAAUGUCAUUUUGUAAUUUCUCCAGCUGCAGAUUUGGUCUGGCCCUGCAUCUGAACAGGGUGUUGUAACGUAGCUGCUUACUGCUGCAAUUAGAAAAUGAAGACUGGUAUAUUAUUUAGAGAAAGGUCACUCCUUAAACCCAGAGGUGACUGAGGUAAGGUGCCGUCUGCCUCCACUGGUAAACCACUGAACAGACAGUCUACGAAAUGUGCAGAUUUGAUUUGCAUAUACUGUACAGUGUAUGUAUUGUGUUUUAACACUAUGAUACUAAGAUUUCUUUUAAACUGAAAAUACUUGAUGUAAUUCAUUAAGAUAUAUUAUUAAUAUUGGGAAUAAGCGUAAAUUCUGAAGCCACAAAUGAGAUUUUUUUUUUAAAUGGUGGCUCUAAAAGAGGUAAAUGUAAAGCAUUUAGUUUGGUUCACCCUAAUAUCCUACUGCAUAAUAUGACCCUAAAGCUAUAAUUGGAAGGUUUACCACAUAAGUGUGUACUGUAUGAAUACAGUUGAGUGUGUGUUUGACAUUACUUAAGAUGUUACAUCCCUCUACAUUUGACAUUGCUGGAGUAACGUUUUGUCUCCAAAACAUUCUUCCUCAUGCUAUUUGACUCAUAGGCUCGUCCCAGAAGAGGAUGUCAAAAAUCAAAGGAUAUUUUUUAAGCAAACUGUUUGCUAAUGAAGCUUUAUUUGAUUGGUUUUACACAUGUGCCUAAGGGUAAAGGGCGUUUGUGUUUGCUCCUUUCAUCACAGAACAGAUUUUCUAUAUUGUACAACAGUUUUUGAUUUGAUCUUCAUUGCGCUGUGUUUAAAGCGGCCAUUUCUCUUUAGUGGAAUGUCUCCUCUUCCCCUCCCCAUUGGAUCCAAUUAUUGAUCCAAAAGAAUCCUUCCCAGUGUUGAUACUGAUGAAAAAGCAAUCACAUAUGAUCAGCUCUGCACUUGUGGUACAAAUGGGAUCAAAUUAAAUCUGAUUAGUCCCUUUCUCAUCUCUGGUUUGGGCUUUUCUGCCAUAUUAAAAAAAAAAUCCCAAGACAUUCUUAGUAGAUGAAACUGAUUCAUGCUAUGAAACAAAAGGUUGAUGCUCUCAACACCCAUCACUGACCUGUGCAGAGAGCUGUGUCAUGUUGAUAAGCUGCUCCUUAGACGUCUGUAGUUCCUCUGCGAGGAGGUUUUCUGACAUUGGCGACUGGCUCUUGCAUGAUAGAAGGAUUGCACAGCAUUAAAUAGUGGGGGUGACUAAACUGGUUUCAUGUUUCUGCUGUGCCUCUGAGACCUUUGAACUGAAAUGAAAAGGUUUUGUGAAUUUUCAGGAUGCAUUUCUCUGCAUCCACACUAUAUUCACAGAUAAAUCCUUAAUUAUCUACCUGGUUUCACAUCGUUCAUUCAUCAGCAUCUGAUUGUGCCUGUCUGGUAACUACAACUUCCUGCUGCUAUCUCAGAUGGUUUGGGGCAUCAAUGCCAUCAUGAUGUGUCCUCUGAUCUUUAAGGAUUGUUUCUUUCAGUGUAAAAUGCACUGCUGUCCAGUGAUGUCCUACCCUGCGUUAAAUGUGUGCAUCAACCAUUGAAAGUGAGUGUCUGGGUAAUGGAAGACAAAAUUCACAGAAAUAAAAAAAUGGAACCCUU